CGCAACCUCCUCACCGCCAUCACCCGCCAAGAGUGCGCAACCGCACACGCAACACACUCGCUGCAUCGCGCAGCACAGGCACCCGAGGCGGCCGCAGGCGGUCGCGCUGCAGCGUCGAGCGCACAGCGCAGCCCGCGCCACGCCACGCCACGGCCAGCGCUCCUUCACGCGAGGCGUCAGCCGUGGCCGAGCGCGCGAUGAUCCGUGCUCCACGGCUGCCCGGCUCGGCGUCGCGCAUCGGCGAGACGUCCAGCACGCACUAUCUCAAGCCACGCCCGUCGCAGACACUGGCCGCCGGCACAGACGCACCGCUGCCGCUCGAGGCGCUGCUCGGCUCGUGGCACAUCUGCGCCUCGACGCUGCCGCUGUGGGAUGCAAGGCGCAGCGUGAUGGCGUACUAUGCAUGGCCGAUACCGCCUGCAGAUAGCGCAGCCGUACGCCUCGUCGCGGUCCUGGCUUCAUUGGCGAUGCUGCUCUCAACGCCGCACGGCCCACUCUGCGUUGCACCGGCCAUGCUGGGCUUCCGGCGCACUCGUGCGGCCGUGCCGGCUUGGCUGCUCGCACUCGCACUGCUCCGAUCUCUGGACAUCGCACUCGUGGCGCUACUGCCUGCGGUGCUGCUCACUGCCGUGAUCUGCGCGCCAUCCCCGCUCUUCCUCGACGAGAUCACCUCUAAGCCACGGCGGCAGGGCCACUGGUCAUUCACGCCAGCAACGCUGCGCGGCCAGAACAUGUGGGACACAAAGCGUGGCGGCCAGCCCGGUGGAAACCUGGCGUUCGCAUGGCGCGGGCGCGGGUGGAUGCGGCCGCUGAGCGCCCGCUGGCAGGUGCUGGGCUGGGGCCGGAUACCGCAGCGCGACGCCACGACUGGCGAACUCGUGCCGCAAGGGUGCACCGAUGAGCCGGACUGGCUGCUUACGUACUUCGAGGCCACGAGCGUCACGCCCGUCGGCAUCGACAUCUAUGCGCGACGUCCGCUGUCAGCACAGCAGCUCGCAGACGUGCGUCAGGUGGUCAGAUUAGCUGUGACGAGCAGUCUGUCAAUAGAGCCGAGGCGCCAAGAGUGCACGGACGAGUGGCGCUGCCUCGAGGCGCUCGUGGCACAGCUGCGGCCGGUGCCGACUGAGACCUCGCAACAAGGGAUCACGCAGCAAGCAAGGUGAACAGGGCAUCGCAUGGCCACAGCAUAGAAAUGUCACGCACUUGCACCUCGC